UUUUGGUCGAGCGGAGGGUGCGCAGCUCCACCGUCGCCAGGACGCGGCGUAAACACCUGAGCGCGCGCAGCCAGCUGCGCUUCUUGGGGCUGCUGGCCGCUGCGUUUGCGGUGGGAGGUGGUGGUGGCGGCGGUCCCACGAGAGGGUGUGUUUUUCGUCAGCCAAGAUGGCUUCCAAAAGGAGAAAUUUGAGCUGUAGUGAAAGGCAUCAGAAAUUAGUGGAUGAAAACUACUGCAAAAAAUUACAUGUCCAAGCUUUAAAAAACAUCAACAGUCAAAUCAGGAAUCAAAUGGUGCAGAACGAAAAUGAUAACCGUGUUGACCGCAAGCAAUUUCUCAGAUUAUUACAAAAUGAACAAUUUGAGUUGGAUAUGGAAGAGGCCAUUCAAAAGGCAGAAGAAAACAAGAGAUUGAAAGAACUCCAGCUCAAACAAGAAGAAAAACUGGCUAUGGAAUUGGCAAAACUAAAACAUGAAAGUCUAAAGGACAAAAAGAUGAGGCAACAAGUAAGAGAAAACAGCAUUGAGCUUAGAGAAUUGGAGAAGAAAUUAAAAGCAGCUUACAUGAAUAAAGAAAGGGCAGCUCAGAUUGCUGAAAAGGAUGCCAUUAAAUAUGAACAAAUGAAACGUGAUGCUGAAAUAGCCAAAACCAUGAUGGAAGAACACAAGAGAAUAAUAAAGGAAGAGAAUGCUGCAGAAGACAAACGAAACAAAGUGAAAGCACAAUACUAUCUUGACUUAGAGAAACAACUUGAAGAACAAGAAAAAAAAAAGCAGGAAGCUUAUGAGCAGUUGCUAAAAGAGAAACUCAUGAUUGAUGAAAUUGUUAGGAAGAUCUAUGAAGAAGAUCAGUUGGAAAAACAACAAAAGUUAGAAAAAAUGAAUGCAAUGCGAAGGUAUAUAGAAGAGUUUCAGAAAGAGCAGGCUCUCUGGAGAAAAAAGAAACGUGAGGAGAUGGAAGAAGAAAACAGAAAAAUCAUAGAGUUUGCUAACAUGCAGCAGCAAAGAGAAGAAGAUCGGAUGGCAAAAGUUCAAGAAAAUGAGGAGAAAAGGCUACAGCUUCAGAAUGUGUUGACACAGAAAUUAGAAGAAAUGCUGCGGCAACGUGAAGAUUUGGAAGAAGUGCGACAAGAAUUAUACCAGGAAGAACAAGCUGAAAUAUAUAAGAGGAAGCUAAAAGAAGAAGCAGAAAAUAAAUUGAGAAAGCAAAAAGAGAUGAGGCAAGAUUUUGAAGAACAAAUGGCCUUGAAGGAAUUAGUGCUACAGGCUGCAAAAGAGGAAGAGGAGAACUUUAGAAAAACUAUGCUAGCUAAAUUUGCUGAGGAUGAUCGAAUAGAAUUAAUGAAUGUUCAGAAACAGAGAAGGAAGCAGCUGGAACACAGGAGGGCUGUGGAAAAACUUAUUGAAGAGCGUCGCCAACAAUUCCUUGCAGACAAACAACGUGAACUAGAAGAGUGGCAGUUGCAGCAAAGGCGGCAAGGACUUAUUAAUGCAAUUAUUGAAGAAGAAAGGCUAAAACUUCUCAAAGAGCAUGCUACAAACUUACUAGGCUAUCUCCCUAAAGGAGUAUUUAAAAAAGAGGAUGAUAUUGAUCUGCUUGGUGAAGAGUUUAGGAAAGUAUAUCAGCAAAGGAGUGAAAUUUGUGAAGAGAAAUGAUAUCAUCAAAAUUGGGUAAAGCAUAGAUUUUUUGUAUGUUACCACUAGAUGUCAGCAUAACUUUUGUUUUACAGUUCAGUGGCAGUAGGUAUCCAUUGUCUAUUUGGAUUUUGUAAAUCAUCACUGAAUUUCAUAACUUGUAAACAAUUAUCAGAUACAAAUUAAUUUUAAUCAAACUGUUAUUUUUGUACUGACAAUUUCAAAAUCCGAUUUCUGCAACACUACAGAGCAUUGUUUGCAUCCCCAUUCUCAAGACGGUAUAUUUACCUUGACUAAUACAGAACUCAACUCUACCCGAAAGUGAA